AUGGUACACAUUUCUUUACAGUUAUUUCUGGCUACCUUUUGGUUUAAAGAAGUCGCAAGUUUUUCGCGUGAGAUAUUCACGACUUAUGUUGAACCCGGCAAAGAGGCGUGUUUCUACCAACAUGCCCAAGUAGAAGAUAUAGUAAACUUAUUCUACCAUGUGAUUGAUGGUGGAGACAACGGUUUACUAGAUAUAUCAUUAAAAGUAGCUGAACCAGGAGGAAAUACGGUAUAUAACUAUGAAAAAAAAUUGGAAAACAAUAUCGAGAUAGUGGCUCUACAAUCAGGUGACUACAAACUUUGCUUGGAUAACCGUUUUAGUUAUAUAAAUGUAAAAAAGGUAUUUUUUGAUCUAACCAUAAGAAGAAAUAGCACUAUCAAGAAUCGCAUCAGUUGGAGUGAUGAUGAGAAUCCAGUGACAGGAGUACCGGAUAAAGAGAUCUACGACGUAAAAGUUAAACAUAUUAGUGAUAUUACCCAAAGGCUAUUUGAGCAAUUAAAUGAAAUCGUAGAAUGGCAACACCACCUUGGCGCAACGAUGUCCAGCGAUAUACAUGUGCAAAUAGCACAUCGUAAUUUAGUUGAUCAAGUUUCAAUUAGGAAUAUUAUACUUAUAGCAAUAAUUGGAAUUAUACAAGUUGUUACAAUUAGAAGCCUCUUUGGCAAUCCACCAAAUGUUUUUAAGUUUUGGAAACGCUACCAAGACAAAAAAUAG